AUGGGCACAAGGGCGGAUGGGCUCAAGGGGGGAUGGGGCGCAAGGUGGGAUGGGGCGCAAGGCGGGAUAGACGAUGGCAGUGGUGGCAUUGGGACGCAUUCCUGCCAAAGCAGGUGUGAGCAUGGGAGGUGUGAGUAUGGGAGGUGUGAGUGUGGGAGGUGUGAGUGUGGGAGGUGUGAGUAUGGGAAGUGUCAGUAUGGGAGGUGUGAGUGUGGGAGGUGUGAGCAUGGGAGGUGUGAGUGUGGGAGGUGUGAGUAUGGGAGGUGUGAGUAUAGGAUGUGUGAGCAUGGGAGGUGUGUGCAUGGGAGGUGUGAGCAUGGGAGGUGUGAGUAUGGGAGGUGUGAGUAUGGGAAGUGUGAGUAUGGGAGGUGUGAGUAUGGGAGGUGUGAGUAUGGGAGGUGUGAGUGUGGGAGGUGUGAGUCUGGGAGGUGUGAGUAUGGGAGUGUUGGAGGUGUGAGCAUGGGAGGUGUGAUCAUGGGAGGUGUGUGCAUCGAAGGUGUGAGCAUGGGGGGUGUGAGUAUGGGAGGUGUGAGUGGGAGGUGUGAGUGUGGGAUGUGUGAGUAUGGGAGGUGUGAGUAUGGGAGGUGUGAGUGUGGGAGGUGUGAGUGUGGGAGGUAUGAGCAUGGGAGGUGUGAGUGUGGGAGGUGUGAGUAUAGGAGGUGUGAGUGUGGGAGGUGUGAGUGUGGGAGGUGUGAGUGUGGGAGGAGUGAGUAUGGGAGGUGUGAGCAUGGGAGGUGUGAGCAUGGGAGGUGUGAGCAUGGGAGGUGUGAACAUGGGAGGUGUGAGCACGGGAGGUGUGAGCAUGGGAGGUGUGAGUAUGGGAGGUGUGAGUGUGGGAGGUGUGAGUGUGGGAGGUGUGAGUGUGGGAGGUGUGAGUAUGGGAGGUGUGAGUGUGGAAGGUGUGAGUUUUGGAGGUGUGAGUAUGGGAGGUGUGAGUGUGGGAGGUGUGAGUAUGGGAGGUGUGAGUAUGGGAGGUGUGAGCAUGGGAGGUGUGAGCACGGGAGGUGUGAGCACGGGAGGUGUGAGUAUGGGAGGUGUGAGUGUGGGAGGUGUGAGUGUGGGAGGUGUGAGUGUGGGAGGUGUGAGUAUGGGAGGUGUGAGUGUGGGAGGUGCGAUUAUGGGAGGUGUGAGUGUGGGAGGUAUGAGUAUGGGAGGUGUGAGUAUGGGAGGCGUGAGCAUGGGAGGUGUGAGUAUGGGAGGUGUGAGCAUGGGAGGGGUGAUCACGGGAGGUGUGAGCAUGGGAGGUGUGAUUAUGGGAGGUGUGAGUGUGGUAGGUGUGAGUGUGGGAGGUGUGAGUGUGGGAGGUGUGAGUGUGGGAGGCGUGAGAGUAUGAGAGGUGUGAGUAUGGGAGGUGUGAGUGUGGGAGGUGUGAGUAUGGGAGGUGUGAGUAUGGGAGGUGUGAGCAUGGGAGGUGUGAGCACGGGAGGUGUGAGCAUGGGAGGUGUGAGUGUGGGAGGUGUGAGUGUGGGAGGUGUGAGUGUUGGAGGUGUGAGUGUGGGAGGUGAGUAUGGGAGGUGUGAGUGUGGGAGGUGUGAGUAUGGGAGGUGUGCGUAUGGGAGGCGUGAGCAUGGGAGGUGUGAGCAUGGGAGGUGUGAGAAGUAUGAGAGGUGUGAGUGUGGGAGGUGUGAGUAUGGGAGGUGUGAGUAUGGGAGGUGUGAGUACGGGAGGUGUGAGUGUGGGAGGUGUGAGUAUGGGAGGUGUGAGUAUGGGAGGUGUGAGUAUGGGGAGGUGUGA